UUAUUUGCAUGCGAGUUUAGUAUACUGGUGGGAAUUAGGAGGAAUCGUGAUACAUUUGUUUGACUUUUCGGGUGGCAAUAAUCGAUGUUAUAACCUACAGUUUGCUAAGCGUUUGUCUCCUGAAACGUUCGGUGACCAUGAAAAGAUAAUGUUUGUGUACAAUUGCAUUGACCUUGCACCAGGCAGUAGCUACCUCUUACAGGUGGAUGCAUCACCAAUUCCUACUAAAGAACUAAAAACUACACAAUGGUAUAAGGUUAUCACUGUCCCUAAAUUGAUUUUCUCGGUUGUGAAUUGUACAAAAAAGGAAGAUGCCACUGGAUGGACUUCGGAUUAUGUAAACAUAACAACUUGGUACAGAUCGUUUGCUCUUGAAUUUGCUGUGGCCCCUCCCUCCUGCGGACUUGAAACUUAUAUAUUAUUUAUUUCCAAAUUUGAGGACCUUAAAUUAAUCUAUAAAGGUUAUAAAUCUGUAAAAAGUUCACAAGCAACACCCAAGUUCAUUAAUGGUGAAUUGAAAAAUGUUGUCACAGUGAAUUUUACUAAUGCUACAUAUGUUGGAACGUACCAGGUUAAUCUGAGACCUACAUACUUAGAUGAACACUGUAGCUGUAAAACUACAAGCUUUCCAAUUGUUCAAGUAUAUGAUUCACCAUGUAAAGCAGAUAUGUGCCAGAAUGGCACCUGUAUUCCUGUUGGAUUCACCGAGAACUACCACUGUAUUUGCAACGAUCCCUACUUUGAGCAUGAAGGGAAAUGUGUUGAUAAACAUCCACGAUUACUGACCUGUCCUGCUGACAUCAUUAAAGGCACAGGUCAAAAGGAGUCAAUAGUGUCCUGGCAUGAACCAACAGUUGACACCGAUAUCUCAGCUGCUUUCGAAUGUGAUCCAUCUUCUGGUUCAGAUUUUAGUAUUGGUACAACUAACGUUACUUGUUCUGCUACUGAUGAUGUUGGAAAUAUGAGGAGCUGUAUAUUUUCUGUUGAAGUUUAUGAUGCUGGAUCACCUUCUCUGAUAUGUCCUGAUAACAUCAUAAUAGGCACAAAUCCAGGGCAGUCAACGGCAACAGUGACCUGGAGUGACCCAACAGUUACCGACAAUAUUGACACGUCUGAUCUUCUAGCUAUCUGUACUCCACCUUCUGGUUCAUUAUUUAAUGUUGGCUUAACUGAUGUUAAUUGUUCUGCUAAAGAUAAUGUGGGAAAUGAGGGGUACUGUAUAUUUGGUGUUGAUGUGUUUGAUGAUGUGCGACCGGUAGUUAAUUGUCCUACAGACAUCCGACAAGUAUUGGAUCCAGGCCUAUCAACCAGCGUUGUGACCUGGAAUGACCCUGACGUUACCGACAACGUUGACACUGGUCUAUCAUCUUCUUGUACUCCAUCUUCUGGUUCAUCUUUUAAUGUUGGUUUAAAUAGCGUUACUUGCACUGCUACUGAUUUUCAGGGAAAUGAUGACAGCUGUAUAUUUUCUGUUGUUGUUUACGAUAAUGAGACUCCAACAUUCCAUGGCUGCAAACAGUUGCAACCUAGCAUCAGUAACAAGACAGCUCUUGGCCAAGAAAUGUGUCCCAUGUUUUGGACAGCUCCAUUUGCAACUGACAAUGUGAGAGUAGCAAAUGUUACAGCAUCCAAUAAUCCUGGUAACAUGUUUCAUGUGGGUAAAACGCCGGUGACAUACACAGCAACUGAUGAUAGUGGGAACACAGCUAUCUGCUCAUUUGAUGUCAUUAUUAAAGUUGCUGAGGAAAGGACAAGUAAUUUUACUAUUGCUGUAACCACCGGAGUAGUUGGUGGCAUUUUUCUUCUGUGCUUAAUAAGUUGUUUAUACAGGUAUUGUCGUUUGAGACCUCAGAAAUUUAGCGAAGGUUAUCAGAAAGCACAUGAAGAUACAAGGUUUGACUUGCUACCAAAGAGUCCAUGUUUGGAAUUUAGAGAUCCAAAUCAGAUGGCCAUUCAUGUCCAUUCAGUUAAGUUACUAAUCAUCUAUUUUGAUGAUGUGAAGGAACACAAAGAGGUUGUUUUGACAUUUGCUACAUUCUUGAAAGCUCACUGUGGAGUUGACGUCAUCAUCCAUGACUGGAAUACACCUGACAUAGUCUCUCUCAGUUCCUGGAUCUCGAAGGAGAUGAAUGAUGCCUCAAAGGUUUUGUUUCUUUCUUCCUAUGGGGCAUGGGAAGUUUGGAAUGCGUAUAUAAGAGACCGACCUUGCCCUGUUAAACAUUCCACAUAUAGGGAUGUCUUUAUUAAAGCGUUGGAAAUUAUAGCCGGGGAUAAGCGCAACUUGUCACUUGAAUUGCAGUCAAAAUAUCUAGUUUCUCUUUUUGAUUAUACCAAACUAGAGUACAUUCCUGAUCCUCUGAAGCAUCUGGUGGUCUUUCAGCUUCUCACAGACCUUCCAAACUUAUUCUUUCGUCUCCAUGACAUAGCCAAAGAGGAUGGCGAUGGAUCAUUUCUUGUUUUCGACAUGAAUGAGAAACUCAAGACAACUGCAGGACAGUCUUUUUUGAAUGCAAUUAACAGAAUGAAACAGCUGAUCCGUACUGACAACAACUGGUUUUGGAAUACACUGGACUCUGAUGCAGCACUCACGAACAGUAGUAUGACCAGAAAUGACCCUGCCUGUGUUUGUGACAGUGAUAUGGCAUAUGGGUUAGCUCAGCUUGAGGCCCUCACAAAAUUUGGAGAUAUGUCAAGUGUAAAAGAAAGCUUUUUAUGUCAGGAUCAAAUUAACACUUCAGGCUUUGGUUCUAUGGCUUCAAACGGUUUAGUACCACAGGUUCCUUAGAAACUUAAGUAACAGCCAUCGAUCUGGAAUCCUGGUGUCUCUUUUGGAAAUAAGUAUCAUGGGAUCUGAUGACUGACAGCAUGGCACACUAAAGCAUUCUGGAUUAUAAUUCUCCAGAUAAUCAUAGAAAUACUCAUCCAGUGUCCAACCAUUUAAGCAAGACUAUAGGUGCUUCUCAAAACUACUCUGGAAUUUGUUAUGUUCUUCAGCUUUUCUGCGAAGUGGUGCACAGAACACCAGAACAUUUCCAAAUUUUGCUGGACGUUAGUCAGUCUUAUCUUUAUAGACAUAAUUAUCUGUCGAGUUGCCUUUGGAUCUUCUCUUCUUCUUAGUGUGGUUCUAGGCCAAGUAAUUAAUGAUGUACAAAAAUGUGGUGCCUAUCAUUUAUAUCAAAGCAAUUUGCUGAAUUGUUUGUUUGGUAGAUGAUAGAAGAAAUUAAAACAGACGAGUGGGUGGAACCCAUGGAGUGGAUUUGAAUAGCUUGGUGGUUAAGAUACUUGCCUUCCUAUCAUUACAAUUUGUUUAGGAUUUUGGACUGAAUGUUUGGCUACGCAUAAAAGUAGUUUUCAAGGGAUAUCGAAUUACGAUUGAGUGAUUGCUGAAUGACCCCCAUGUCAUAUUAGACCAUACUGCUUUAACUAUAGGUGACAUUCUCCAAAGCACUCUCAUUAACAAGUAGAGUAUAGAUUCCAUAAUAGAAUAAACUAUAUGCAGCCUAAACUACAGUAUAGUAUAAUCAAGCAUUAAAUAGGAAUUUCCUUGAAUAGUAAAAUUCAUGGAACUAGGCACUUUUUACUUCCGGACGUAAACUGUAUAAUGGUGGGGUCCGCUGAUCUUGGCGUAACCUCAGGGCGACCGAAAUCCUACCUCUGAAAAUAAUUUAUAAUAGUUCAACAGUUACUGAAAUCUACAGCUUUAUGAUUUCUAAUAUUUUUACAAUGUACAAUAGAGAAAUUAUUAUUUAUACCUCUAAAACAAAAAUCAUGUCGUUCGGACAAAUAUUGGCAGAGAAAUCAUAGUUUUUCAACACGCAAUACUCACCUUCCCAUUCUUUAGCAUUAGAGAUUGUCAAAUUUUAACAAGUCGCACCUCUACAUAUGAUAAAUGCGCAUUCAGAUUUUUAAAAAAAGCCAAUGAAAUUAAUUUUAGAUGAUUUAUUCUCUUUUUGAUACUGAAACGGCCACGAGUGAGAGGUUUUUUGUGAAAGCUGACCCGCAUAUUUUAGGUUGCUUCAGAUUAACAGCCAACAUUUAUACACAGGGUUUUCGGAUACGCUCGCAGUAAAGAAAAGAUUCGAUAAAGCAAAAUCGAUUUAGAAAUUAUAAAUAAAAUAACAUUAUUUCUAAAUAAAUUGUGGACAUGUUACUGAAACAGCCAAAAAAAUUGGUGGAAUAUCAACGGAGAUGGCUUAAAAAACACGUCCAAAAUGGUCGGUUUUCAUGCGAUUUUGAGAUGUUGGCCUUUACAGGAUUUUUGGGACCCAAAACAAAUUGUAAUGCACAGGGUCCUGGGUGUCUUGGAACAGGAUUUACAGGGAACUAAACACAACUUGUGUAAAAUAAUCAGAGAUUUUCUAGUUAUGUCUUCUCAUCUGUUUAUACACUUGAUUUGAUUGAAAUAAUGCUGGAAGGACCAACUGGUAUAUUUAAAUUCUCUGUAUGUGAAAGUUAUGACACCCUUGACAAAAAAAUAACUUGAUUUUAACAAAAAAUAUAUUUAAUUACCUCAACUAUGGCCUAUGUAUAUAUUAUACCUUGAAUUUAUUAAUCUUGGCCUAGGCUUUCAAACUAACAUCUUGCUAAAUCUGGUGGUUGAAUACUAACAGUAAUUGUUAAAAUACAAUAGGAAUGUAUAUAAGUAUGUAAGUAUAGGAAAUAGUUUGGGGCACAUGGCUAAAUUUGUUAAAUUGUUUUUCUAGGGCAUUAGUGAAUUACUAGGUAAAGGUAUGGAAUUUAAUGCGGUAUUACUCCCUAUUGCAUCUAGGGGUUCAUGUAUCCCGGAAGUUGCGGGAGUCCCCCUGAAAAUAAACUAUCUCCCGCAAAUUCAUAAUAUUUGCAUAUUUUUACUACUUUCAGUUGUGUUACAGAAGCCUUUAAAAGUAUGUUUGACAUCUUAAUUUAAAUGAUUAUGUUAUAUUUAUUCAACAAAUAAUGAAGUUU